AUGGAUUUUGUUGACCUGGACAAAGUCUUGGAUGAGUUUGAGGAAGAAGAGAAACAAGCUCUUUCCAUCAUCCCAGGCCAGGAGUUGAGACCAAGUGGAUACCUAGAAUUUUUAGAGAAACAUCAAGAACAGGAAUGGGCCUUGAUAAAUCCAAGUAGGCUCUCUUCCACAAGUGGCUAUACGUUGGAACGUAGGUCAGCUAGAGAGCCAGCUAAUGUCUCAUAUGAUGACCCAUAUGACAGCUUACCUACGUACAAGUUUGGUUGCGUGACAGGUGAGCAGCUUAGUAGUGUCCCCUACAAACGGUAUGCAAGUCUGCCUGAAGGAAAGCAAAGAAGAAAUCAGAGUGCCAUCGUUACAAGUUUAACCCGGAUUUCUGUUCAUGAUGAAGAUGUGAGCACUGUUUACACAACUCCGACAAAAGUUCAGGAACGAAAAGGGAUAGCUAAUUGUUCCGAGAGAAAAGGUACAAUUGCAUAUCACCCGAUUGAAGUACAGACUGAUGCACUGUCUCCAGCUAGUGAAAAAGAGUUGAUGUUGUCACCUUUCCCCAAAUCUGACAUACUUGUAGAUGGACAUGAGGAUACAUCCGUUUUGGAUGAACAGGUGUGUUAUAGUGAAAUUGAGGAGAACCAAAGCCCUGCUCAGUCAAGCGCUCAUAAACCAGAUGAAGAAAUAAAACAGUCAGCUAGAGUGAGUACUCAUACAGAGGAUGACAAUCACAGAUUACAGCCAGCAACCAGAGACGUAGACACAAUCCUAAACUCAACAUCAUUAUUUGACCCCAGGUCACCUGUUGUCAGUGCUGGUGAGACCAGUACUGGAGACCCACAGCCAGAGCAGAUAGUUUGCUUUAAUGAUCUUGCUGAUGAAGAUUUCGAUAAUGAAGAAAUUAACAUGUAUUUAAACCAGCUUCAAGGACAGAGAAUUACAAAUGUCAAUGCAUCAGAAAUAUCAGCUCCUACAAGAUCUGUCGACUUGGAAUCAGUGACCGCUGGGGAAUCAUAUGGGGGAUACUCUAAUGAGAAACAUUCUCAUGAUACUGGGGAUAGUAUUUCACAUGAAGAGUUUAAUACCAGAAAUACUUCACAAGCGGAGCCUGGUAACAGAAGUGCUUCUGUAUUUGAAUCCAAUUAUAGAAAUACUUCUCAUAUUCACACAAACAACAGUGGUAAUAUAUAUACUGAGCCGAGUAAUGGAAGGCCCUCAGAUGUUAAUCCUGAUGGACAGAAUAUUUCAGAUAUUGAACCUUCUACCCAUCUUGAUGGUGCUAGUCAAUCACUUUAUACUUCAUUAAUAAUAGGAAAGUUGGAGAUUGAAAGUAUUCUGGAUGAUAUAAAUAAGACAGAACCUGUGAAUAACAAUAUCAGAGACAGUUUGGCACUGGAAAGGUUGGAGAAUGAGAAUGUAAAUGUGGAAACAACCUCAUGUGUUAGUGAACAAGUAUUCUGUGGUAGAAUGGAAAUUGAAAAUAUUCUGGACGAAGUGAUUCUCAAACAGCAGGGCAUGUUAGAACAUGAUAUUUCCGGAGGACAGAUAUCUCAGAGAUUGGACUCGAACUCUAGUCACCUGAAGUCUAAUAUUGACCAUGGUUCCGAUGAUGUUGAAGACAAAGCUUGUGAGGCUGCAUUGACAGCUAGUGAUUCUGACUCUUCUAGUCCAGUUCGCUCAUUUGGUCAGAACUAUCAGAUGGGCAGUUCAGUACAAAUUAUCGGGGCAGGUGCCAGACCAAAGGACUUAUCUUCCUUGAAGAAAAACCGCCCCAAUGCUUCUUCUGCAUUGUCUAAGGGCAGUUCAGAAGUGCCAGCAGAAGUGAAACCUAAAGGGACAACAGAAAAGGAAGAAAACACAUUUCGCAAACAGAUAGUGGACCAGUAUCCAGAUAGUUCCGUGCAGUUUCACCAGUCUGCAGAUGGUGAACAUUUUAACACCUUACUUGUGGACCAAGAGAAUCUUGAACUUGCAGAGUCAAGAUCAGAUAAUUCUAAUCAAGUGGAACCAGUAGAAAAACCUGUUCUACAUGACUUCUCUGAGCCUCAGUCUUCAGACAGACAAGACAGUGACGAAUCGGUAGAGGCAGAUGGACAUGAUGCUUCCCAGGCUGCAGGAGCUCUGAAUAUGAAACGGCCAACUUCACUUCAUCUGUCAUCGCAGUCAGAAGCUGCUGAAGGACAUGAAGAAGGUGGGCAUACAGUGAGUGUUGACACUACAGAACAAACAAACCAAAGGACAGCGGAGACUAAAUCUGUGAUCCAUGCAGCUGACCUACAGGACAGUCUAGGACUUGUGGCACCCUUCUGGAUUCCUGACACUGAUGCAUUGACAUGCAUGAUUUGUCAAACCAAGUUCACCAUUUGGAAGAGGCGCCAUCACUGUAGAGCUUGUGGGAAGGUUCUGUGUGCAGUUUGCUGCAACCAGAAAGCUGUUCUCCCUUAUAUGGACAACAAAGAGGCUCGCGUCUGCGUAGAAUGCCACAUUCAGUUAAAUCUUGUGCCAGGCUCAGGCACUAGCCCAUGCUACCCCAACCCUAACAACCCCUUUGAGUACUGCUCCAAAGUGCCACCCAACCAGCAGGUCAGCAGCCAUGCCAACCCUCCAGUUGUCAUGGUGCCAGCAGGCGUGCUCAGAAGCUCAGGUGGCCAGAAAAGAUUUGGUGAGCCCAAACAGGUUAUGUUCUCCGAUGGAGUUCGGCCUGGGGGUGAUCUCGCAAAACUCGAUGAACCCCAACAGGCAGGUCGAUCUUCAGAAACUUCUAGAGCUGCAAAGCCCUCACAACAGCAGCAAGGUGAGCCAUCUGUGUCCUCAUCGCAAGCUCAGAAACUGAAGUCAGAUGGUCUGUCUCGUAACCAGAGUCUGAUACCAGGAGAAGGUUUACCACCGUUGCUUGUACAGAAAGAUACUGAGUUUGUAGAAACAGAUACACCUGUGAAUGAGACUGACACAGUUGAUUUCAAAUCUGAGGAAGGACCUUUGGUGAUGUUUACUUUGAACCGAAACCUUUCAGUCGGUGUCAAGAUUAUAAAUCUGGACUGCUGUUUGAACAGAACCUGUUGGUGUUUCGUAACGCUGGGCAUGGACACAGUUGGUGAAAAUGAGAUAGUUGUACUACUAGAACUGACAGAGGAGGAACUUGCAAGUCCAUCGCCCAGGCCACCAAGAGACAUGUUCCUGCAUCUUCAGGCUUUGUAUGAGGAAGCUUUGAAAG